AUGGAUACCAAUUUGAAAGAAGGUGUGAGUAAUUCUGAAUCUAGUCAGAAAAAUGCAAAGUUGAUACCAUACACUACCAAAGUUUUACUUGAUCUUUGUAUGGAUGAGAUUCGUAAGAGUGGAAAACCAGGCAUAUCAUUUAAAAGUAAGAAAUGGGAAGAAAUACGUGAUGAGUUUGAAAAACGCACCACUAAUAACUAUCUUCAAAAGCAAUUGAGGAAUAGGAUGGAUAGUUUGAGAAUUGAUUGGCUUGCUUGGAAACAACUACGGGGUAAAGAAACAGGCUUGGGAUGGAAUAAUCAGACAGGAACUUUUGAUGCUGAUUCUGCAUGGUGGGAUGCUAAGAUAAGAGUGAGUAUUGUGAAUAUCAUUUACAUUUGUCAGUAA